UGGAACCUAUGAAAUAUCGCUACGCCGUAUAUUUAAAAGCUAAAUAUGUUUAUUUAUUUUUAGUUUUGUUUUUUUUUUUAAUUUUUGUACAAACUUUUGGUCAAUCUGGCAUUUAUUUGUUAUAUGACUUUGAGAGAAUAUCUGGCAAUAGGAAACACAUGUUCUCAAACAUGGCGACUUUCUUGAUUCGACCUUUCUUAGGUGCUUCUACUAAAAACGCAACAAAGAAGUCUCCUUUAAUUUUUAAGUAUGCCAAGCGCAUAGUUGAAACACCGACAGAAAGUUUUUCUACAUGUACCAGACUUCUUGCAGCCCCACCAGCAGCAAGUAAGAAAGUAUUCGUUAGAGAUAAGCCACAUCUUAACAUUGGAACAAUAGGUCAUGUGGAUCACGGAAAAACAACUCUAACAGCGGCGAUUACCAAAGUGCUUGCAGGAGAAAACAAAGCUGCUUUUAAAGCGUAUAGUGACAUUGACAAUGCACCAGAAGAAAGAAAGAGGGGUAUCACUAUUAAUGCAGCAACGGUUGAAUAUGAAACUGAAGCACGCCAUUAUGGCCAUGUUGACUGUCCUGGACAUGCGGAUUACAUAAAAAAUAUGAUUACAGGUACAACCCAAAUGGAUGGUGCUAUUCUUGUUGUUGCUGCAACUGAUGGAACAAUGCCACAGACACGAGAGCAUCUGUUGCUUUCAAAACAAAUAGGCAUUAAGAGACUUGUAAUAUUUAUAAAUAAAGCAGAUGCUGCAGACAAGGAAAUGCAAGAGUUAGUUGAGAUGGAAAUACGAGAGCUAUUGACAGAGUUUGGCUACAAUGGUGAUGAAACACCUAUCAUAAUUGGAUCUGCAUUAAAAGCACUUGAAGGUACAGAUCCUGAUCUGGGUGAAAACAAAAUAAAAGAACUUUUAAAAGCUAUAGAUACUUACAUAGAAACCCCAGUUCGUGAUUUAGACAAACCUUUUUUCAUGCCCAUCGAUGGCUGUUAUAGUAUUCCUGGAAGAGGUACUGUUAUUUCAGGAAGAAUAGAAAGAGGUGUUGUUAAGAAAGGAGAUGAUUGUGAAAUUAUGGGGUAUGAUAAAAAAUGGAAAACCAAUAUCACUGGAAUUGAAAUGUUCAAGAAAAGUCUUGAGAGAGGAGAAGCUGGUGAUCAGCUAGGAGCACUUAUCAAAGGUGUGAAAAGAGAAGAAAUGAGAAGAGGCCUCUGUGUGGGGAAGCCAGGAACAAUGACUAUGCAUAACCACUUUGAAGCUCAAAUAUAUUUGCUUUCAAAGGUAGGCAUUAGCUUCCUUAUAUAUAUUUCAAUUUAAUUUACGAAGUGUCUACACGUCCGCGCGCCGGACAAAUAGUGCGCAAUAUAUACGUCCGGCGGCAUGUCACGUGACCACCGGACGGCUAGUAGUUUUUAUAAUUCCGAACGAAGCGCAGUUUGGUAGAUCUAGUGUGGUCUUGUGGUAGAGUGGUCGCUUGACGAUGUUAUUGUUUGAGGAUCAAUGCCGGGGAUAGGAUAGUUUCUUUUUUUCUUCCCAUUUUAAUUAAAAAUAUUUUAUACUAUAUUUAUAUUAUCAUGUUCAUCAGCAACAGUAGUUUCAUGUGAAGUUUUUAAAUAUUUUGUAGCAAUUUAAACAAUUUAAAAUGAAAUCUUUUACUUUUUUUGGUUGCCUACUCCACACUGGCCCCUAAUUUAUUUUAUGGAUUACUGGUACACAAACUCAAAUAACAAACUAAACAAAAAUGUUUACAAGCCACUUUCACUUAAGUUUUUUUCUAUUAUUUGCAUUCAAGAUACGCAGUACAUUACUUGGUAGAGAAAUAGAUUUUAGAAUUAAAAAUAGUUUUGAAUCAUUCGCAGUCAACGUGACAAGGCUGACCGACAAAAUAUCUCUCGCCACUUUGUUACGGUGGUCAUGUGACUUGGUCGCCGGACAAAUGGUGCGGGAGAUAUACGUCCGGCGCGCCGGACGUGUAGACACUGCCUUUAAUUUAACCUUCUAAAAUUUCGUAUUUAUUAACUCCUUCCCAACAAUAAUUGCAACUGAAUGCAUCAUUCAUGAUUAAGUGAUUCAUCCUGGGACCAUGGACGCACCUCAUUUUUAUUUUAAAUAGCAACAAAAUCUUGCAUACCUUGAGACUUCGGGUAGUGAUGGUGUGAUUUUUAUUAAUUUCUGGAUGCGUUUAUCCUUAAUUGAUAAAUAUAUUAAUUAAUAUUUAGCAGCAUACAUUUGUUUUUUACAAAUGGAAAUCAGUUACAAAACAGAGUUACUUUCCUCUCUCGGGUAUAUAAAUCAAGUAAGGAAGUAGCAUAAAGAUAAUCAAAAAGGGCUUACAUACAGUAUGGGGCCAUCCAUAUAUUUAUGCGCCAAGCUUUUGGAGAUAGUGCCUACUGGUGUAUGGGGGUGUGAGGUCAUCCUCCGCAAAAAAAUAGUACAUUAAUGCAAUAAUUCUGCAAUAACUUUACUAAUUUUCUGACAGUCUCUGAAUCAUAUCUCUAAUAAAGCUGAUUGUCGCAAAAAAAUGAAAUCUAUGAUUUCUAAUUACGUUCAUCAAGGCCAUUAAAGUAUCACUGCAAAAUUUUUUAGUUAUCAUCAACCUACAGCUUUGUGUUUUCUCAAAUAACUCAUUCAAUAUCAAACGACAAUCUUUAGCCCAUUGACUCACUAGUCUAUAGCAGUGACAGUGUUUCCCAAACUUAAGUUUGGUGGACUGGUGAACAAGUUUUAAAAUGCACCAGAGAUCAGUGCCAGAUUUAUUAUUUUUUCUUUUUAUUUGACCAUGAAUACAAUUUUUGUGGACGGUCUGCAACUUAAGUAUACAGUAUACAGGCUCAUGGUCAGCGGACACUUAGGUAAACACUGGUCUCCAUGUAUGUGUCUUAAUUUGUGAAAAAAUUAUUUAUUUCGGCUAAACCACUCGGCUGCACUUUCCCAAGAAAAUGGAAACAACCCACAAACAACAGACCUGUUUACCCUCAAACUCUUGAAAUUGUUCAAUAUGAUAAAAAAUCGUUCAAUACCUUAUAUUUAUUCAUAAAAAAUAAACAUACAGUAUAUAUAAUGUAUACCCCUCAAAAUCGUACAAUGUACGCCAAAAUCGUAAGAGUAAACAGGUCUUAAACAAUUACAGAAUUUAACCAUAUUUUUUGUCAACACUUGAGCACCUGAAACGUUUCAGUGUCAGUGGGAAAACUAAAAUAACUGAGAUUUCCAGCCUGCCUUUUCUUGCUAUUUAGAUUCACAAUUGUGGGAUAAAACUUAAAAUAAGUGAGAUAUGUUUGUAUUGCCAUCGCAAUAUAACAAAGCAUAUAGUCAAUUAAAUAAAAAUUCUGUUUUCACAUUACAGUUACACCCACACCUCUAAGAUAUAUCACUAGUACCAGUAAUAUUUAGUCCACCAUUCAUAUCUGUAUGUUUUUGUGCAUGACACAUAAUUAUUUUGUUAGGUUAUGCCAAUGGUCCCUUACAUUUUUCUAUUCUCUGUGCCCAUGCCAAUUCAUGUUUUUCCUAGGGGCCUUAUGUUAAAUUCUGACAUGUACACUUAAAAAUGCAAAUACAUUUUAAACUAAUUAAAGGGUCGGUUGGAGAUAGACAAAAUGCAUAUGUAGGUCACUAAGUGCCAUUUAGUUAAUAUAUUUGUAGGAGGUUCUGUAAACCAGCCUUUUCCAAACUUUUAAGUUUGGCGGACCGGUGGCCACGUUUUGAAAUUGCACCAGGGACCGGUGCCAGUGCCAGGUUUUAUUAAUUACAUUUUCUUUUUAUUCGACCAUGAAUAUUCAUGUUGUGUGGACAGACGCCGGUCCGCAGACCAUCAUUUGAGAAACACUGCUGUAAACAGUAAGGGGUCAUUCAUUACCAGUACUCAAGUGAGUUACUGGUUUGCAUCAGGUCCGCGAGAUGUCAUGUCCUCUAACAUUGGAUUGAAAGUGGAAAUACAUUAUCAUAUUAAGCAGUUUUGGCAAUGGCUCUGAUGAAUCAACUGCUUGUGGAGAAAACUAGUGAAAAAUUUGUGACAUGGUUAACGUUGAUAUCAUAAUUGUCUAUAAAUAGAUAAUUUAUUUUUGAGAUGGGGCUUCCAAAAAAAUUAUGGAUUUAACAGGGGGGGGGGGGGAGUUUGACUAUUUUGCUUGCAUAAUACAUUCAGCUGUUGUUUUUGAAAUAUUUAUUGUAUUUAAUUCUAACCAAUAUAAUUAAUCAUUCUAACAAUAUUAGUAUUAGUAACAAGAUAUUUGUUUUUUAUGCCAUCAUAACUUUAGUUACUGGUUAGUACUUAAAAUUUAUUUUCCAUUUUAUACUUACUAGGAUGAAGGUGGUAAAAAUAAGCCUGUGACACCUUUUGCCCAAGUCAUCACAUUCUGUAAUACAUGGUCUCAGCCUGCUCUUCUUGAGAUUCCAGACAAAGACCUGUUGAUGCCUGGAGAAGAUGGAAAACUUGUUUUCAAUAUGUAUAAGAAGAUGGUUUUGGAGAAGAAUCAACGAUUUACUGUCCGCGAUGGCCAGGUUACCCUUGGCUAUGGUGUCAUAAGUAACAUUCUACCUGAUCGUGAUCCAGAGGAAUUAGAUAAAACACGAAAAGCUAUUAAGAAACAAAGAAAAGCUGCAGAAGAAGCAGCUGCAGAAUGAUCAAUAUUUUCAUAGCUAUGGGACCAUCCAUAAAGUAUGUCAAACUCUGGAGGGGGUCUAAGAAAGUGUGACAAUUUGUGAGGGAUGGGGGUACUAAAACCUGAAAUUGACAGUGCUGUUUAACUUUCUUUUUUCACUAAUUUUUUAUUUUUAAAAAAAAUUUUUAGUUAGAAGUGUGACAUACUUUAGGGGAAGGGUGUGAAAUUUGUGACAGGUGGGGGAGGAGGAGGUGAAAAUUUUCCAAAUAUAGCAUGACAUACUUUAUGGAUGGCCCCUUACUCAUAUUAUUUUUUAUAUCAUAGGUCCUUACUCGUAAAUGUUAUAAAUAAUUCCUUUAAAAAAAUAAUUUAUAUAUCAUUAUGAAAGCAACUCAAGCACUGCUCUAUUCGAAAGUUGAUUUGGAAAGAAUUUUAAUAUUCAUUAUGUAUAGGCUAUGUAAAAGAUCUUGAGUUGUUGAAUUAAAGCAAAUAUAUUUUAAUUACCCUGUACCAGAAUUUCAUUUAGAAACAUUUUCAUCCAAAAAAGCAAAAUUUUUCUGCAUUUUAAUAUAUUUAUUUGUUGAGAUGUCGAAAUUGUAUUAUUGUUGGGUUUUAGUUAAAUGUUAAUGGCUAAGAGUAAGAGUGUAUGCACUUCGGUACCAUACGAAUAUUGUUUGGCUAAGAUGUUACGGUAAUACCAUUAUAUGUAAAAGCAUCUUGUUUCAAUAAAUGUGGUCAACUCAAAUUACAUCCUUUUUUAUUCUCAGAUUGAAAUAAAAUAAAUAAUUCAGCCUUGUUUUAUCGAAUGAAUUUUUUUCAGUUUUGUUAAAACACUUCUUUCAUGAUCCGAUGCACAAGAUGUUUUUUUUUAAUCAUUGGUGUAAAACAAACAUGUAGUUUUUGAAGUUUUACACUUACAACUACGAUGAUUAUGUCCAAUGUUUUCCAUUAUGUAUUAAUUAAGACUAAGAUAAGACCACUUAAUCCCAGUCUACGCUUGUUCAUUAUUGUAACAGUUCUCUAUUAUUCAAUUGGUCUA